UUAUAAAAAACACCAUAUAAUUUUCAAUAUCCAAAAAAUUUACCCAAAUAUUAAAUUUAUUUUAUUUAUUUAAAAAAUCCUAAGCUUACGGAAUACAGAGUCAGCAGAUGUUCACCGGUUCUUCUCCCCUUUCUACAUCCCUCCGUUCGCCUCCAGUCAUAAUCAUCUAGCUUGAUUUCUCGAUCAGGGUUUUUUCGUCAUCUUCGAUCUUGCUUUGUCAUCGAAAAAUCAACCAACAACAAUGACUCGCGGUAACCAGAGGGAAAAGGAUCGUGAAAGGGCUCAGGCCAGAGCCGGUUCAAAAGCAAAGCAGGGAAAGAGUGAUGGGUUGACCCCUGAGCAACGCAGGGAAAGAGAUGCAAAGGCGCUGCAGGAGAAGGCAGCUAAGAAAGCCGCAGGUCAGGAUGCAGGAGGGAACAAUGCAGGCGGCAGUGGAAACAAAAAAUAGGCAAGAAUGGUUAAUUUGAGUUGUUGAGUGUAGAUGUGGAGUUUAUGGAACAUUUGUGCUGCAUGAUUUGAAUUGAGUUUUUAGUUUAGAGUCAUAAAUGUUUACUUACGUCAUUUGAGAUGUGAAUUAAAAAACAUCUGUGAUGUAUUAAUAAACAAUUUGGUGGUUUCUUAGAAGGUGCUGAUGUUAUCUGUUGAGCAAUUGAUUUUUAUCUUAGCUUGGAAAA